GCUGGACGCAGGCCUUCACCUCCCAGCAGUCUCUCUUUACAGGCUUCAUUUGGCUCUUAAAAAAAAAAAUAAAAUAAAAAAUGCUCGGAACUAGUUUGUGUUUAUGUGUGGAAUAGUAACAGAAGGAGACGGAGCCAGCUGGACACCUGUGCUGAUGCACCUGUUCUGGCUCCCAGUGGUCGCCAUCACGCUGGAGACAGAGGAGCUGCUCUGGCCUUCAAAGCCUCACUUUGUACUUGUGAUUCUGUUAUCCUCUGGAAUCAGCUUAAACCCUAAACUCCACUUUUCGCAGCAGAUUGUUCUUUUAUUCUCCUGCUUGCCCAAGUUACUCAUUCCUGAUGAUUCAUGUGAAACAAUUAAGUUGACUUGCUCCACACAUCAACUUCACUGCUUCUGUUCAAACCUGACACUGAACUAUGACAUCCAUUACCCCAACCCAUUUAAAAAAUAUUAGAAUGUAUGUGGUGUUUCAGGUUUAGCCGGUGCGUUUUCAUACACACCUUGAAUACAGGGAGGAUGUCAAGUGCAUAUGUUGCUGUCGUUUUCCUUUCCACCUGAUUAAUCUCUUCUGUGUAAUUUCGAGGAUUGUUGAGCAGAAGGAGCGGUUCGUCGGGGUGGAUGACAUGCCAUUCACCAGGGACGGUGCAUUAUGACAGACAGCAUCAUGAGUAAAGCUGCCACAAUGGAGAUUCCUAUCAAUAGUAAUGGCGACACAGGGACACUACCAGAAGACGACAGCCUGGAACAGGCUGCAAAGGUGCAGUGGAGCUUAGAUGAGAAGGUAGGGAGCUCCAGAGGAAACAGGGAUCUACAGCAAGUGAUGGUAUCCGGCCCUAAUCUGAAUGAGACCAGCAUUGUUUCUGGAGGCUACGGAGGAACAGCAGAUGGUAUCAUCCCCACCAGCUCCAUCAAAGGGCCGGCCGUGCACUACAAUGCCGAGUUUAACAAAGGGAUCCCAGUUACAGGAUUAGACCUGCGUACGAAGGCCAGGCGAAGUAGCGUUCCCCCAAGCAGUUCUGCCAUCUGCCACAUGGCCAGCCAGUCACUUGAACACCAAGGUUCCAACAUGCACCACAGCAGCAGCAGCUCGUCCAUGACCGCCGAGGAGACGACCCGCGGCGUCGCCGUGGAGAAACUAGAAACGAUGAGAAAGUGGGGCCUCAACACUUACAAGUGUACGAAGCAGAUGAUCUCGGAGCGGUUUGGCCGGGGCUCCCGGACCGUGGACCUGGAGCUGGAGGCUCAGAUCGAAGUGCUGCGAGACACCAAGAGGAAAUACGAGACCGUGCUGCGAUUGGCCCGAGCGCUGACCAACCACUUCUACAACAUGGUGCAGACGCAGCAUGCGCUGGGCGACACCUUCGCUGACCUCAGUCAGAAAUCUCCGGAGCUGCGGGACGAGUUCGGCUACAACGCAGAGACCCAGAAGCUGCUGUGUAAGAACGGAGAGACUCUACUCGGUGCCAUUAACUUCUUUGUAUCCAGCAUCAACACAUUAGUCAACAAGACCAUGGAGGACACCCUGAUGACCAUCAAGUUAUAUGAGAAUGCAAGGCUGGAGUUUGAUGCCUACCGGACAGACCUGGAGGAGCUGAGCAUGGGCCCGAGGGACGCCGUCACGAUGGCCCGUAUCGACGCCGCUCAGCAGCAGUACCAAGUCCAGAAGGAAAAGUACGAACGUCUUCGCUCGGAUGUGACCAUCAAGCUGAAGUUCCUGGAGGAGAACAAGGUGAAAGUGAUGCAUAAGCAGCUCCUCCUCUUCCAUAACGCCAUCUCCGCGUACUUUGCCGGCAACCAGCAGCAGCUGGAGCAAACACUGAAGCAGUUCAACAUAAAGUUGAAACCCCCCGGGGCCGACAAGCCCUCCUGGUUAGAGGAGCAGUGAGCGGCGGCGCCGCCUCUCCGUCAGCCACCUCCACCUGUUACCUGUUGAAACCCCCCAACUUACAGAGGACCACUACAGAGUGAAACGCUCUCAGAUGACUGGAUGAGGAGUGUGUGUCUGGAUGAUUAGACUUGAAGGAUUGCAGGGUUUUUAAUGAGAAGUAGGCUUUACGCGCAGCAGGAACGCCAAGUGGCCAGUCUUACCAACAGCCAGGGGGCUUUUAGUGCCUCUUUUCCCAACUUCCUUUUUCCCCCACUUUAACCUCUCUUCAUCCUUUCCUCCCAGAGAAACUGUGUACCUCUUCCCUUCCCGCUCCUCACCUCCGCCCUCUUCUCUCUCAACACUAUUUUGCCGUGUGAGGUUGUGUUAGUCAUGUCGUGCUCCCAGUUAAAUAUCAGCGCCGCGCCAUCUUCGUAACGGACCGAUGGGGCCUGAAGAUAAAGUGUUGAAACCAUUAAGAGACGUUCAGAUGUAAUUACACAGUACUUUGAAACUUCCAGACCCGAUCACUCUCCCAGUGUGCCUCCUUGUAUAUGAGCUAAUGUAUUAAAUGGAUGUGUGGCCUGAAGGAAGAAAGAUAAGGUCAGAAUAAUAUUUCUGAUGGACUCAAAUAUGAAGAUUUGUAUGGUACACUGGAAGGAAAUGUCUAGGCAUUUCAAAUCAAUGUACAUUUAAAAUUUACAAAGUUCAAUGAUUGUUUGUAGCUUAAAAACACAGUGUGUCAAGUUUUUUUUUUUUUUUUUAUUUGGCAUCACAUCUCUUUGGUAUGUUAUUUUAUCUACAACCAGCUGUAAUUCAGAGUGAGAGGAUCUGCUGGCGUUUUAAACACCAGGCUUCAUUUAUGAUUAUCAAAAACAAACAAAAAAAAAAGGCCACAGAUCUCACUUGAAAACUGAAAAUCUUGUGAGUUUACUCACAUAUGCAACAAUCACUUUGGGAAUACUCCCACAGCUUCCCGGGAUAUUACUGUACACCCAAAGAGAACUGAUGUUUAUUGGACGUUGAGCAUUCCAUUGGUGAAGUGUCUCUGUGGGCUGAGGCGUCCGUCAGUCAGUCAAAUCCAGCACACUUGACUCAGUUUUCUCAAACGCAACCGAAGAGGAAUUCAUUACAUAUAUGUUGGCUUCGCAUUCAAUGUUACAUUGCUUAUUGAAAUGUGUUUUUGUCGUUAUGUUAAGGAAACGUCGUUGACAUCUGGGAUCAUAUCUUUCAGUUCUUUUAAGGCAGAAUAUAUAUAAAUCUGUGGUUACUUUACUUCACACUGAAGACUGCUGUAGCUAUCUUAAUGUUACUCCUUUUAUAUUUCAGCAUUAAAUCAUGUACUUCAGUAGCUGGGGGGGAUAUUGCUAAAUGUCUUUUGUUUUCAUGAUAAUCACUUUUAAGCAAUCAUCAAUCGUUGACAAAUAAAAGACAGAAUUGUCACAAAUUAUUACAGAUCUUGUAGAUUAUGUUUAGGGGUGUUAUUCUGUUUAAAUUAACAUAUCUAAAAUGUAUAGAUGAUUUAGAACUAAAGUACGCCUCAGGCCAGGAACAUCUAAUUGAUGUAUUUAAAAAAAAAACAAAACUUGUAUAUCUGUAAAACUAUUAAUAGAAUGGUAAUUCAUGUCCCUCCUCUUCAGAGUUAAAUGAAGGAAACAAACUGUCAUGCUUUAGUUAAUGGGCUCGUCCUCCAGCGUCUGGUCUCUAUUUGCAUGGAGGUGCAGAUAAGUGACGCGCUCCGACGCUCUGCAUGCCAGCUCUCAUUUAUACUGCACUGGCCUGGUGCCGCGCUUAUUGAUGGCUUCAGCUUUUCAAACUGAAGCAGAACCCAAACUUUGGGUUUUACUCAUAAUGCUGCACUAUUAAGGACAAUAACCGAGAGAUGGAUUUGGUUUGUUAACAAAAAAGCAAAUAUUGAUUCUGAUAUCUGUGUGGCUUGUGUUUGAUGUUUUUUUUUUUUCUUUUAUACCUCAAUAUGUUUUAUUUAGUUUGAAUGGGAAAGUCACUCAGCAAAUCUUUGGCCUCGUGUGGGUGGAAUUGCAGUUUUACUGGCAGUACUUCUUGUCUAUUUGCCCACCUCAAAGCAAUAUCAAGAAAAUGUGACUCCUCUUUUCUGAACCUGCUCCUCCAAUUCCUAACCCGGUCACCAAAAUGAAUGGCAAUAGGAUUUUCUCGUGUUUCAUAGUUGUGAGACCUUCACUGGGGGAAAAAAAAAAAAGAAGAAAUGAAGUGACGAGCAAUUGAAGUCACUCUUACUAACAGAUUGUUGCCAAGAGAGAACCAACAUUUAUAAAAGAUGA